ACAGCUGAUGUCAACCCACUGUACGUCUCUCAGCAAGUAGACAAAACAACGACAACGAGUGCCGCCUAUAAAUCGCAGGUGCGGAGACGACGAUGAUGGAGGAGACGGAGGAGCGGCAACACUCGGACCUCAGCGCGACGAAGGGGAACUCCGACAGAGACAGUUUCAGGUCGGACUGGUGAACAUUCAGCUUUUUUUUUAUCCAUACGCACUUGAUAUAAAUCAUUUACAGCUGCUGUGUUAAAAAAAAGCUCCAAAACCCCCCCCCCCUGUAAAGUGAAAUUAUUCAGCUGUAAGUCGAAAAUGAUAUCUUUAGUUAAUUGCCUAAUGAUCACAUGUUCACUGGUCAUAUUGUCUGACCUCAGACUUUAAAGAAGUCGUGCACUAUCAGACACUUUGUCAUUAAGCAACACUGUCGAGAUGCCGGGCUUGUGAGUGGACCUUGGCUUGGGAUCAGUUCCAUUGUAGUCAUAAGACCGCUAUUGCACAGUUGUACUGAGGAGGCUGCGUAAUCCCUGGGUUUAUAGCUCAUAAAUGUGAGGAUAUGUGGUCACAUGCUUCGAUGUCGGGGCACGAUUUAGUGUAACUUUGUGCCUCCCGAUGUCUUUUUGUGCGGCCCUGUAGAUCGCAGCAUUCCCCUUAAGUGAGUUGUUUGGUUGCAGAUCAGACCAGACAGUUCAGACAGACCCAUUGACAGCUGAAUCAAAAACGCCCCUGUGGCAUUUUGAAAAAUAUGCUAAAUGUUGUAAUCCAGGGUUUGUAAUCUAUAGAACUCUAAAGAAACCCAGUUUUACUGGAAAUGUGGCGUUGUGAUUUGGAGAUCGAUGAGAUGUGAGCUGUGAUGACACGUGGAUUGGAGCGCAGUUUUUUGUGUGGCACGCAACUAAUGUACUGUAUAAGUCAAAGAGUGUUUUUCAAGGUUUUAAAUCUUGUUUGUCUGAGUCGGUCCUGUGAUUUUAAGAGUUCGCUCAGUGGUUUGAUUCCACAGAAGCCGCCUUCACGCAACCCAGACAUACUUACAACCACCUCAUCUUGGAUUCUUUUUUUCUUUUGGUACGCUGCCUCCAAGUUACGGUCCUUCAGCAAAUGGAUUGUGCUUCCAUAAUUUUUUAACAUCAACUUCUGGCCUCACAAGAAGAGCGUACUGUGAGAAUGGAUGAAAUCAGUCGCCUGUUGGGCCACACGGGACACGGCCGCUCUGACAGCCUCCUCAGUGACGCCACACAGUCCAAAGGCAGCAAACUGGUUCUGCGCCAUCGGCUCAACCAGCUGCUGACCUGCGUGGAUGACCUGGACCCCAAAGAUGAACUGCAUGAGAAAGUGGUGAAGACGCUGGAUAACGCCCUCCUCGUCUGCGGCAAGAGAGCCAACAAGCUGAAGAAAGACCGUUUCAGGCUGCACAUGGUGACGUGGAAUGUGGCCACAGCUGAUCCACCAGAUGAUGUAACCUCGCUUCUGCAUCUGAACUCCCCAAAGAGCCCGGACCUCUACGUCAUCGGUCUGCAGGAGGUGUACUCGGGGCCACUGAGGUUCAUGUCAGAUGUUGUAUUCGAUGACCCAUGGAGUCAUCGGUUGAUGUCUACCUUAGCACCACGGAAUUACAUUAAGGUGUCAUCCAUCAGAAUGCAGGGUCUGCUGCUGCUCUUCUUCUCCAAACUGCAGCACCUCCCUUUCAUCAGAGACAUCCAGGCCACAUACACACGCACAGGCAUUUUUGGAUAUUGGGGGAACAAAGGUGGCGUGUCCAUCCGUUUGUCUUUCUACGGCCACACGCUCUGUUUCCUCAACUGCCACUUGGCUGCUCACAUGAAAUAUGCCACUGAGAGAGUGGAUGAGUUUGAGCACAUCAUGAACACGCAGACCUUUGAAUGUAAAACGGCCCCUAGAGUUGUCGACCACAGUCUGGUCUUUUGGUUUGGAGAUCUCAACUUCCGGAUUCAGGACCACGGAAUGCACUUUGUUCGCUCCUGUAUCAGCAAUCAAACCUACAACCUGCUGUGGAGCAAAGACCAGUUGAUCAUGAUGAAGAAUAAAGAGGAGAUGCUUCAGGAGUUUGAGGAAGGACAUCUGGACUUUCAACCCACCUACAAGUUUGACUUGAACUCUGAUACUUAUGACAGCAGGCUCUACAGGACAUGGUUUGGCUUUAACGGAAAGAAGCGCAAACCUGCCUGGACAGACAGGAUCCUGUGGCGACUCAGACCCAAAGCCCCGACCACGACUGAUGAGCACGUUGAAACCACAGAGACUGUGAAGGGGGCGAGGGAGCUGGAAGAGGAUGAGGAGUACCCUCUGAAGAUCAGGCAGGACCUGUACACCAGCGACAUGGAGUAUAGCGUCAGUGACCACAAGCCUGUCGUCGGCGUCUUCACACUGGAGCUGAGGAAGAUGUACGAGACGCCUCUGGUGCAUCUGCAAGCGGAGGGGGACUGGAGCGCAGACAUCGAUGCCAUGGUCCUCUACAGCCCCCUGCAGCCAUUCCCCUCCAGCACGUGGGACUGGAUUGGACUCUACAAGGUUGGAUUCAACAGUUUGACUGAUUACAUCACGUACACGUGGGUCAAAGACGACGAGGUGGCCUUCAGUGAAGAAGUCAUACAGGUGUAUGUCAGUAAAGAGGAAAUCCCUGUGCAGGGAGGAGAGUGCAUGCUGUGCUACUACAGCAGUACUCUGCGGUGCAUCAUUGGAAUCAGCGAACCGUUCAAGGUCCACGAAUCCAAGGUAGCCAUCGAGGAAGGCCUGCUGCCUGAGAAGAUUAACGGACUAGACGAAACUGUAGCAAGAAAAGAGCGUCGUGACUGAUCUUUUGGGAGUCAUGGCUGUGGUAUGAUGUAGAUGGGAUUGCCUGAACUACGACAUGGCUUUCUUUACAACUGCUUCUUCACCUGCGAAUGAAAGAGCACACGAGGAAAUGCCCCCACGGACCUCUCUAAUGCUACAGGUGUGGCUUUUAGUUACUCUACACCAUCUUUUUUUACAACUGGUCUCUAUGGUCACUUUCAGGGUGUGAGGUCUGGCCGAAAUCAAAGCGGAACUCUUUAAUCCUUCGUUGCUGACUGAAAACCUGUAAACAGGUAGAUGGGUUAAAGCCUGUCUAAACUGGUGUUAUGUGAUGAAACACUUUGAUAGGAUUUUGUGUGUUGGGUCAGUGAGUAAUGGGAGAGUUCAGGUUAGACCAGAGGUUUUCUGUGAGGUGAGAGUUUGGUCGUCGUGUUUAUUUGGCCUGUUUAUCAAUACGAUCGUGCCUCGCUUUCCUCACACUGUACAAAAUGAAGCCAAAAUACCCCAAAUAUGGCCACUGCCGUCUUCUGGCGAUACACCCGGCAGUUUAUAAUCAAAAGUCAGUCUCAGGUACCUUAAAAAGUACCUGAAACGACAGAAGCCGUCUUUGGGAAAAAUUUGUACUUGAACUUUUUAGUUUGGCCCAUGUCCUAACACGAGGGGGGGGGGGGGGGGGGGUAUGACCUAUACUUCCACCAGCCACCAGGGGGCGAUGGAGAUGUUUUAGCUUCACUUUUGGGAGCCGUCACGUCGUCCAUCUUUACAGACUGUUUGGUCAUUGACACAAAGUCCAUUGAGACACUUUGAAGCUGUUUGUUCUUCAUCUAUUCAGUUUGCAUCAAAACGCAUAAUUGUGCUCAGAUAUUCACAUAUUUUUUUGAUUUGGUGUUACCAACACUUCCCGAUAAAUCGUAGCUUCCCCUUAUAUCUUCAUCUCCAAUGUCCAUCUCAAACAAAUGCCUGUCACUCCUAUACAAAGACGCUCCUCAUCAUUCCACUACCCCACCUGAGCAUCAUUACAGUUCUUCAGUAUCAAAUUAAUCCACUAACUUUAGUCUGUACACCCGCGGCUACUUAACAAACUGGACCUGUUAACAGUGAAUUUGUCAUACAUUUAAUGGAGCCAAUUUACCUUGAUAUUUACAAAUACAGGCUAAUAAAACAGGUUUCAAGUUGUAGCCUACAGUUGACUAAUCCCCCCCUCGCAGUUGUCUUGAUUUUCUCCGAGGGGAUCCCUUCAUGUCAGUUUGAAACUUUCUGGGUUGGAUGUAAUGAUAAAAUAGUAUUAGGUUAAGUAUGUUGUAGGAUCUGUAAAGGCGUGCUUGUUCUGUGCGAUCUGACCAUUGUCUAUUGGUGACAGGAAGUUCUUAGUUACAGGCUGUGUUAAUGGAUCAAAAAUAUCUAAAAUGCUGAAGUUGCUCUCAGAGCGGCCAUGUCGUGGCUGAGAGAGAAGCCGGAUCUCUUUGUAAGUCAAGAACAAAAGCCUGCCACAAUAAUGGAAAAAGAAAAAGGGAAAAGCUAAAAAAAGUAACCAAGCUUAUUUGCUUUUUGUUUUUGUUUAAGUGUCUGGUCAAGUUUGUUGGAGCACUGAACCUAAUUUGGCCCAUUUCACUUAAGUAUGAGAGAAGUCUGACAUUUAUUUUUGUUUGGUGGCCGCACAGACGUCACAGACUUGUUCGACCUGGGGUUAAGUAUGACAAAAUGACAAAACCCUUUAAGACAGAAAUGAAGAGGAAAAAUUCAAAUUCAUCAGUGUGAAGUAUUCCUUUAAAACGGAAGACGACCCGAUGUAGCUUGUGCACUGUCCUGAAAGCCUUGCUGCGGUACUGUAUAUGAGCUGGAGUCUGUAAUAUUCACUGAAUAUCUUUCCUUGCUGUGUGGAUGGACUGCUGAAGGAAGAUGAGAAAGUAUUGUGCAGUUUGCAGUUCUCGUAGUAUCCUAAAUAACUGCAGUUGUUCCUGGAGAACUUGAAAACAUAGAUAUAUCUGAUAGAACUUUUACCUUUUUUCAUUUUAAGCUUGCUGUCUCAUUAGCCUACUGUCUUUACAGUAGUCAUUCCCUACCACUGUGUGUGAAGUCACAGUGAAACCGAGAAACUUAAGGAUGCGUCACACUUUGUUUGUUUUUAUGAAAAGGUAUUUACAAGCUUAUUCAAUAUUAUUGGUGUUUUUAGAGAUCAAUAAGGAUUCAGCAAGUGCCUUUCAAAUGAUUGUCGCUUUAUAUUCACUGUACUGUGCUGCUUCAUUUUGAUACAGCGUGUAUCAUUAAUAUACAGUUGAUUAUUUUUUAUCAUAACAUGGCAUGGUUUUUCUUGCCAAUCUCUUGUUCUGAUAUUCUCUGGGUUUUAAAUACUGCUGUUCUAAACUUUUUAGCUCCAUGAAGAUCUCUCUCUUUGUGAAAGUUGUCGUUACUGGCUUUGCUGGAAUCUAUUAUAUUAGCAACACUGUGUCACUGUUUAUUUUUUUAAUGUUAUAUUUGAAAAAAACAAACAUAUUUCUCUAUUGGCAGUGUAAUAAAAUGUACUGUAACAGAUGAAUAGCAAAUAUUAAAUUAUAAAGUUUCACUUUA